CAUUGUUAUUUACCAGACUGAAACUAGAGCUAAAGCCUAAAACUAUAACAAUAAAAAGUAAAAACGCAAUUAGUUUGUGUGUAGUUUUAAAAUGUACACAAUAAACGAGUAUUGAAAAGGACAACGUAGUACAUUUUUUAUUUGCUCCAAGUCGUUAAUGUAAGUUAUAACUUGUAUGUGACCUAAGUCAAAUACCUAUGAGCAAUGUGUCACCAAAGUAAAUACUUACCUCUUAGUCAUCGUCUGAUCCGAGAUUUACCUGAGAAAUAGGUCGAAUGAAGAAGUUAUAAGCAAAACAAAGUAACCAACCAUGUAUUUAAUCGAAGACGACUUGAUAAAAUCGAGCUUGAUCACCGUUUUUAUCGCCGCCGUCGUCUUCUUUACGAGUAUUAAAAUUUUCAAAUUAUUAUUUCCCACAUCCGAUGUCGCCGACAAGAAUUGGACGUCCCACACUUGGGUGGAAAAGCCACUGUUUAUAUCUAACGAUCCAAACGCGUGCAACGUUUGCGACACUCUGAUUUACGGAUCGAACACGCGUUACUGUGAUAGUUGCGGUCUUUUCGUCGACGUAGGCUGUUUAAAAAAGGCCAACAAAAGAAUUUACUGCAAGGUAUUGAGUACGAACAGACUGUCGGACGCGUUCAAACAUCAUUGGGUGAAAUCCAUAACAAUACAACCGGCUCUUUGUGCUAAUUGUCCAGACGACGAACCCGAUAUUAUCCUCGGAAGUUUUGUCCAGUGUACUUGGUGUCAACGAAUUCUGCACGAAGACUGUAUACCUCGUUUCGAACCAAAAUGUGAAUUUGGAAAAUAUCGAAAGUAUAUCAUACCACCGUUUUGUGUGAAAGUUCAAAAUAAAUUCAAAGUCAACAGCGGAAGACAUGUCGUCAUCGACAAAGUAGUUCAUCCCGGAUGGCCAAAUUGGACACCGUUAUUCAUAUUCGUUAACAAGAAGUCUGGCAACAACGACGGAGCUUUAAUAAUGUCGUACUUUCGACGUCUACUCAAUCCCGUUCAAGUGUGCGACGUUAUAGAAAAUCCUCCGGAAAAAACUUUGGCUUGGAUGAAGAACGCCAAUUUCGACCGUGUCUAUAUAUUGGUUGCCGGCGGCGAUGGAACCGUUGCUGGAGUUCUCAACUCUGUUCAUAAACUCCUACUAAAAAAUGAUCCUGCGGUCGGAAUUAUCCCUUUGGGUACGGGAAACGAUUUGUCCAGAGUGUUGGGAUGGGGAACGACCUAUUCCUACGAUGACUUUUCUUCCGUCCUGGAUUCGUUGGAAAAUGUUUCGGUUAUCGAAUUUGAUCGAUGGGAAAUAAGCGUACUGUCGAACGUGUUGAAAAAAAUCAAAGUAGUCAACACGACGUCUAUGUACAACUAUUUUGGAAUCGGCUUGGACGCUCAGAUCACGUUGAAUUUCCAUCGGACACGGAAAUCGCCGUUUUAUCUGUUCAACAGCACGUUGUUCAACAAAAUGAUCUACUUGGGAUGUGGCACGCAACAGUUCCUCGAACAGCAGUGCAAAGGUCUGUCGGAAAAGAUCGAGUUGUACAUAGACGAUCGCAAAGUCACCCUGCCCGACAUCGAGUCUAUCGUCAUUGUCAAUAUCGAAUCGUGGGGAGCCGGCGUAAACUUGUGGCAGUUGGGAAUAAACGACGGAAACGAUUUCGGUGUACAGAGCGUCAACGACGGUCUGUUAGAAGUGCUGGGGGUGCGAUCGGCCAUACACAUUGCUCAACUCAAAUUAGGGUUGUCUGAGCCGAUCAGAAUCGGUCAAGCGUCGAAAAUCAAAAUAAAAUUGUUGGAAAAGUUACCCGUUCAAGUGGACGGCGAACCGUGGUUACAGCCAAAAUGUGAUAUAGUCUUCAAAUGCGUAAACCGCGCUUUGGUCAUGAAGAAAAAUGGCGAAUAGGAUGCUUCGGCAGUAUAACAGCGAGCAAAUUUUAAUCUGAGUAAUGAUAAUAUUCCAAUGAAAUGAACAAAUCUUAGCAACACCUUCAUUUUACUCGCGUGGAUUAAAAAACUAAUGGAAAUUAAGUUUUACAAUACCAAAUGAAUCUAUACACAUUCGAGUGCAUCACACUAAUUCCUAAAUAUUACUACUUGCGACACACUUGUCGUCAGUGUUGAAUAAUUUCUUUUGCAGUAUUAACGUUACCAAAUUGUGAUUUAUGUAUUUUUAAAAAAUUACCAUGUUAUAACUGACAAUUUGUGUUUUUAUUGGCACGUUUUAUUUACCUACUUUAUAUUAUUAUUGUAUUUUCGUUAUUUAUAUUGCACACAACAAGUUAAACCAAUGUAAUAGUAUAUA